GAGGCAAAUUUCAAAUGAGUGUAGUAUAGUAAUCCAGUCGACUUGUAACUAAGAUAAUUAUACUUCUCUAUGAGGAUAAGUAACUAUAAACUUAAUAAUAAACAAUUCUACUUACAUAGAAACUAUUUUUUAAUUUCUACUCCGGAAUGCCGCUUAAGAAUAACAUGGGGAAUUUUAAGUUUGAACCAGAGUGGAUACAGGUCUUAAUAAACUUGAGAAUGAAGCACGCAAAACUAUUUAUAAAGGAUAGAAAGUCCGUAUCAAAGGGUUGGAAAUUAAUUUAUGAGGAAAUGAUGGAAGCUGGCGCACCAGAGCAUGUAUCAUUGUCGAACAUUAAAAAGAAGUGGAUGAAUUUAAUGGCGAGAUACAGGCAAUUAAAAAAUUCGGAUGUGGAUCCAGAAACUAUAACGUGGCCCUAUUUCGAACAAAUCAACAAAGCCUUCGGAUCUAGAUUUUCAACAACGGAGAAAACUGAAUCUUUUAGAAAGAAGGAUAUUAUAAAUGGUGAGCGCCAAAAGUUUAUUAGAAAUCUAAUAGAACUCCGUUACAAGAAUCGGAAUUUAUUUACAGGAAAAAAGUUCACGGCAAAAUAUGGAUGGAUGACAAUAAGGAGUUUAUUGCAUUGUGAGGAGCGUUAUACAAUUUUACAAUUGAGUAAAUGUUGGCAAAAUCUGAUUCAGCGUUAUAAAAGUUUAUUAAAAAAUGGAAACACUAAUAACGUUACUUGGCCCUAUUUUCAAAUAAUGCAUACAUGUUUUAAAGGGGCACGAUUUUUAAAUACUAGGGUUAAGAAACAGGAGAAAGAAAAUAUUAAAAACGAGUUAAAUGGUGAAUUUUCAUAUAGAAAAAUAAAGGACCAGUUAAAUGACAUUAUAAUAAAACAAGAAUUAGUAACUAGAGCAAUUGAUGAACUUUUACAAAAAUCUCAAAUUUUACUAGAUAAUAUCAAUUCCAAAUGUAGUUCUAAUAAUAGAUAA